UGCAUUUUAUAUACUUCGUGAGGGUUUCAGUAUUGUGACACUGCAUAAUAAGUGCAUCUUGAUAGCCGUGAUAUUGUGAGCCCAAUUUAAGAACCCUUCUCUAAAUAAAUCACCAGUUCUUGUUUGUCAUGAGGCUCUUGUUGGAUCGAUGACAGACCCAGCGAGGAGUGUCGAGCCGGUCAGAUUUACUGAAGAUCAUUUAAAGGACCUGAAAGAACUUGCAAACCUUGGUGGUGUGCACAUCAAAGAGGAGGCCCUCACAAUCAUACUAGAACUUCUGGCUUCGGGUGCUCCACCGAGCAGUCUGAAGACGGUACUGGAGGCCAUUUGCAAGCCACUCGGGGGAGCCAAGAGGCAGUCAGCCAGCUCAGCAACAGCGCAAUAGGAUCUUUCACGCACAGGUGGUCAGACCUCAUCACAGGUCCUUGACUCGUCUGAACAGGCGAUGGCUGCUUCAGCCGUGUUCAUUCUUGACCUCAAGGGCCACGUCAUCCUCUUCAGAGACUACAGGGGGGACGUGCCAAUAAAAUAUGCAGAGCGGUUCAUCACCAAGCUGAACGAGCUGGAAGAGACUGGGAAGGUGACACCCAUCAUAUUAGACGAGGGGGUCAGCUACCUCUACGUUCAAUAUUCAAACCUCUACCUCCUCAUUGUCUCGCGGGAAAAUGUCAAUGCGGCCUCCAUGCUGCUGUUUCUGCACAAGCUUCGCGAGGUCUUUGUGCACUACUUCAACGAGUUGGAGGAGGAGUCCCUCAGAGACAACUUUGUCAUUGCAUAUGAGCUGCUUGACGAGGUCAUGGACUACGGGUACCCCCAAUUCACAGAGGCAAAGAUCCUGUCAGAGUUCAUAAAGACAGAUGCCCACAAAAUGGAGGUGCAGGCACGGCCACCCAUGGCAGUCACAAACGCAGUGUCGUGGCGGAGUGAGGGCAUUAGGUAUAAGAAGAACGAGGUGUUCUUGGACGUGGUGGAGAGUGUGAACCUGCUGGUGAACAGCAAUGGCACGGUGGUGCGAUCGGAGGUGAUGGGCGCCCUCAAGAUGCGCACCUUCCUCUCUGGCAUGCCCGAGUGCAAACUGGGCCUUAACGACAAGACCCUCGAGGGCAGGGUAUAUUUCAUGCAGCGCCUGGCUUGGCUGACGCGCCGCGGGGGCAAGAACAAGAGCGUGGAGAUGGAGGACAUCAAGUUCCACCAAUGCGUGCGGCUGGCGCGCUUCGAGAACGACCGCACCAUCUCAUUUAUCCCCCCAGACGGCGCCUUCGACCUCAUGAAGAUCUCGACGUUGGAGGCGGAGGAGCGCUCCUUGAAUUGGCUGCGCGCCUUGACCAGGUACUCGGGGACGGCGGUGUAUGUGCCGGAGAAGGAGGCGUUGGUGUGGAAGAUAAAGAGUUUCCCGGGCGGGCGCGAGUUCCUGCUGCGCGCCAAGUUCAGCCUGCCCAGCGUGGCCGCCGAGGAGGAGCCCCACGGACGCAUGCCCCCCAUCGCCGUCAACUUUGAGAUCCCCUACUUCACUGUCUCUGGCAUCCAGGUGCGGUACCUCAAGGUGAUUGAGAAGAGCGGCUACCAGGCAUUGCCCUGGGUCAGAUAUAUCACAGCAGGCGGGGAGUACGAGAUCAGAAUGGCUUGA